UGUCUUUCUUAUCCUUUUUGUUUCAGCAGUCUCAUUCCUUUUAUAUCUUAAGCAAAACCCUGGAAACUUCUUUAGAUUUGUUGUGUCACCUUGGGUUACCAUGAAGCGGUAUAAUUAUUUCCGUAUAUAAAUCUAGUAUCCAUAAUUUAUUUCCUUUACUUCUUAUUUGCUGCUUCUCUGUUAUUCUUAGAUUCUAUUGGGGUUCUAUACACCCUCUGAAUGAAGAUAGUGAAAGGCUUUUUUUUCCUGUAUGUUUUUCUACAGCAGUCUUAUUCUGAUUCAAGAAAUUCAAUAUUUGAUAUUUUGCACCACCUUCACGAUCCUUAAAAGUAUCAUUCAGAAAUCUCUUUUACCGCUCUUUGUUAGUGCUGCUACUAAUGUUAUCUUUAUCCCAUUGGUAAAAGUCUUUCACAUUGCAACCCCCUUUGAGUCUUAUCUAGUCACAUGUGUUCAGUUGAAAUUCAUACCCUUUUGACCAAAAACAAUGGAGUUCAUACUCUGCUAUUCCUUAUGGCCUUUCAUUUUGUUUCCUCCUUUCGAAUAUAUGUAUACUUCUUCCCAUGAAUUCUUCUGGCCUCUGUGCCUUCUUCACAGUUGCCUGCAAGCUUGUUUCGUAAGAUACGUAAGAUGCCACGGACAAAGGCAACUGCAUUAUCUGCUGCUAAGCCAGUUGAACCUGCAAAGCCAAGUGAGCCUGAAAAGUCAGUAGAGUCUGAAGAGAAGGUUGACCUUGAUGAAGACAAUGAUCCUGAGGAGGAGGAGAUGGAGGAAGAGGUUGAGUAUGAAGAAGUAGAGGAAGAAGAGGAAGUUGAAGAAAUUGAAGAAGAGGUGGAAGAAGAAGAAGAGGAGGUGGAAGAAGUAGAAGAGGAGGAUUCUGAUAAUGCCAAUGGAGCUGAUGCGCAGAAAAGCCUUGUUGGUGAUGAGAUAAAGUUUGAAGAUGAGGAUGAGAAGAACAAACAUGCUGAACUUCUUACCCUUCCUCCGCAUGGUUCUGAAGUAUAUAUAGGUGGCAUUCCCCAUGAUGCUUCAGACGAGGAUUUGAGGGUAUUUUGUGAAUCUGUAGGAGAAGUUACAGAGGUUCGAAUUAUGAAAGGCAAAGAUUCAGGUGAGAACAAGGGCUUUGCAUUUGUGACCUUUAGAAGUGCAGAAUUAGCUUCUAAAGCCAUUGAUGAGCUGAAUAAUACUGAAUUUAAGGGUAAAAAAAUAAAAUGUUCAACAUCUCAAGCAAAGCACCGUUUGUUCAUCGGUAAUGUUCCUAGAAGCUGGGGAGAGGGGGAUCUAAGGAAAGUUGUCACAGAUAUUGGGCCUGGAGUUACUGCUGUGGAUCUGGUUAAGGACAUAAAGAACACAAGCAAUAACCGGGGCUUUGCUUUUGUUGACUACUAUAACCAUGUGUGUGCUGAGUAUUCGAGGCAGAAGAUGAUGAACCCAAAAUUUAAGCUAGGUGAUAAUGCUCCAACUGUGAGCUGGGCUGACCCCAAAAAUGCUGAUUCUUCUGCUGCUUCACAGGUGAAGGCUGUAUAUGUGAAGAAUUUACCAAAGAAUGUAUCCCAAGACCAGUUAAAGAAGCUGUUUGAACAUCAUGGGAAAAUUACAAAAGUGGUUCUGCCACCAGCAAAAUCUGGACAAGAAAAAAGUAGAAUUGGUUUUGUUCAUUUUGCAGAGAGGUCAAGUGCUAUGAAGGCACUAAAGAAUACAGAAAAAUACGAACUAGAUGGCCAAGUUUUGGAGUGUUCUCUUGCAAAACCACAGGCAGAUCAAAAGUCUGGAGGGUCAAAUUCACAGAAGUCAGGAUUGCUUCCAAGUUAUCCCCCUCGUGCAGGUUAUGGUUUGGUCGGCAGUGCCUAUGGUGCUCUUGGUGCAGGAUAUGGUGCUGCAGGUUUUGCACAGCCCAUGAUGUAUGGGAGGGCACCAGCUCCUCCUGGCUUGGCAAUGAUGCCAAUGCUUCUGCCGGAUGGACGGAUUGGAUAUGUUCUGCAACAACCAGGAGCAGGAGCACAGCCACAUACCCCACCUUCACAUCCAAGAAGUGGUGGCAGGGGUGGUAGUGGUGGUGGGAGUGGCAGCGGCAGCAAGAGUAGUAGCAGUUCUAGUAGGGGAAGACACAGCAAUGAUGGUGGGCGCAGGUAUCGCCCGUAUUAGUUGUCCCUCUCAAAUACCAAAGUUCAUACAUCACAACGUGUCUGGACUAAAUAAUUGUUCUAUAUUUGAGUUUAACAGCGAUUCUUGUACUUCACUCGGUCAUUUUUACAAACAUUACUAGUCAAUCUUGUUAGCUGCUUUA